UGUCGAAAAUGUAUGUUUUGAACUUGAUGACAUUUUUGAAAAUGAUACAUAAGACAUGCAUGCAACGCCCACAAAUUGCAAAUCACACAAAUAACCACGUCAUCUCUCUUCUCAUCAGCGUUUUCAAUUCGUCAGUACAGACGUCACUUUUCUCUCCCCAAUCCUCUAUUUAAGUCUCCACAUUCUCUCCCUCCCAAAACAAUUUCACUUCAUUCAGCUAAGCCGACACACAAACACCCAAUAUUGUCUUCAGAGAAAAAAACAAGAAUAAAAAAUCCCCAAUAUUGUCCCAACAACUCCAAGCUCUGCCGCGAGCCUCCACUACCGCAACGACCGCCAUGGUGCAACACCGGUUCCUCCUCCUGACAUUUCCGGCCCAAGGCCACAUCAACCCUUCCCUCCAGUUCGCAAAGCAUCUCAUCCGCACUACCGGGGCACAUGUCACGUAUGUCACGUGCCUCUCUGCCCAUCGCCGCCUAGGGAAUGGCUCAACUCCUCAUGGCUUGACCUAUUCGCUCUUCUCUGACGGUUACGACAAUGGAUUCAAAGAUGGCGAUGAUUACGACCACUACAUGUCGGAGCUUAGGCGUCGCGGUGCACAAGCCAUCACCGACCUUAUUGUGUCUAGUGCAAAGGAGGGCCGCCCCUACACUUGCCUAAUCUACACAAUACUUCUCCCUUGGGCCGCGGUGGUGGCCCGUGAGCUCCACCUCCCAUCCGUUCUCGUGUGGAUUCAGCCAGCCACUGUUUUCGACAUCUACUACUAUUAUUUUAGCGGUUACAAAGACCUCAUCCAGAACAGUACUAGUGCUACUCAUACCAAUGGCGCUUUAUGUUCAAUAGAAUUACCAGGAUUGCCACAAUCCCUCACCAGCCGCGACCUUCCCUCUUUCAUGGUGGAUUCAAAUCUGUACAGUUUCGCGCUUCUCUUGUUUGAAGAGCAAUUUGAGGUGUUCGAGAGAGAAACCAAGCCCAUCAUUCUGGUGAACACGUUCGAUGCGCUGGAGUCAGAGGCCUUGAAAGCAAUUGACAAGUACAAUCUGAUUGGAAUCGGGCCAUUGAUUCCAUCGUCUCUCUUGGACGGCAAGGAUCCAUCCGACAAGUCAUUCCGCGGUGAUCUUUUCCAAAAAUCAGAGGACUCUUCGUACAUCAAGUGGCUGAACUCGAGGCCCGAAGGGUCCGUGGUUUACGUGUCGUUUGGAAGCAUGUCCGUUCUGUCGAAGCCCCAAAUGGAGGAAAUCGCGAAAGGGUUGCUGGACAGCGGGCGGCCGUUCUUGUGGGUGAUUAGAGAAAAAGAAGAAAGCAAAGGACAAGAUAAGGAGGCUGAUAAGGAGGAAGAGAAACUGAGCUGCAGAGAGGAGUUGGAAGAGCUUGGGAAGAUAGUGCCAUGGUGUAGCCAAGUGGAGGUUUUGUCAAGCCCUUCAUUGGGUUGUUUCGUGACACAUUGCGGGUGGAAUUCAAGCUUGGAGAGCCUGGUUUCCGGGGUGCCUGUGGUGGCUUUUCCUCAGUGGACGGACCAAGGGACCAAUGCCAAGUUGAUUGAGGACACGUGGAAGACUGGUGUUAGGGUGACACCAAAUGAUGAGGGUAUUGUUGUAGGUGAGGAGCUCAAGAGGUGCUUAGAAUUGGUCAUGGGAAGUGGGGAGAUUGGUGAAGAGUUGAGAAGAAAUGCUAAGAAAUGGAAGGGUUUGGCAAGAGAGGCUGUGAGUGAAGGUGGCUCUUCUGAUAGGAAUCUAAAGGCUUUCUUGGAUCAGAUAGAAUGAGAAAAACAAAAUGAAGAAAAAAGACAAAAUUAUGGUAUGGCUAAGAUGGAAGGAUAUGGUAUUGCGAGAUCCUAGUUUAAUUAUGAUAUUUAUUUUCUUGUUUAUUAGGAUUAUAUUUCUUUCCUUUUUGUACAGAUAUUGUGUAAUUAGGUUUUUAUCUUGUUUUCUAGUUUGACCCUACUAGGGUUACAUCCUUGUACUAUAAAUACCUUCUUUUGGAGAAUAAAAUAUAACCUGAAAAAUAUUGUACCCAUAUUGUUUGACUUGGCAUCAGAGCCAACUUUUAUGGAGACCUGUGUAUUGUGUC